CAUAGUGCAGCUAAGACUAGAAAAGUCGGCUUCUUGUUCACUCUAGAAAGAGUGGUCGUGGUAGUUCUUACAGUGCUAGUGUAAAUUCUAAUAUCUACCGUUUAAAAGAUAGAUAGCAGACAUGGUUCGAGAAAAAAUACCCUUCUUAUUUUUAUUACUACUUAUUCACGUGAAUGCUGUAGAAAUUUACAAUGACGGCCAAAGUUCCGAGUCAUCAUGGUUCAAAAAUUGGAGAAAGUCGGUUACAAAACAUCCUGCUGAUAGCAAUCAAAUCACAUUAUCUAGCUCGACACCAGCGCUUCCUAAAUAUCUAGAGCCUUCAAGUACAGUAGCACCUGUACAUCUAGAAAUUAAAAAAAUCAAUUCUUAUACAAUUGCACCUGAAAUAAUCGAAGGAAGAUCAGUCCGUCCAUCGCCAGCAAGCACAACAGAAGAAGCCGUCGUUGAAAUAAAGCCCCGACGCGUGUUCAAUUUUAGAGAACAAGAAGUAUCUCAUGUUGCAACAGAGGCUCCAAAGACAUCGCCAACUAUAAUUUCCUGGGUUCCUGAAACUAUUGUAGAAUCAAAAUCAUCUUCGUUGGCGUCGCCUGCAAUUAUCAAAACCGAGAAACCUUUGCAUAAAAUACAUCGCUUUGAGUUUGGAUUAAUACAGCCUUCAUACUCAGAAACACAUAACUUGAAUGCAUCUCCAAGUGUAUCCUGGGUUCCCGAAAUUGUCAAAUCCGAGCCACCAAUAAUAACAACAGUGUCACAUAAACCCAAGUUCGACAUUAAAUCCUUUGACCACAAUGCAUCUGGUUCAACUCUUAAUAGUGAGACGGAACUGAAAGCAUCGACAAGUCGAUCCUCAAUUUCACCUGAAACGUCUGUUGAGUCUAAACCAUUGACCACUUCGGCAAUACCACCAACAAUUGUUAAAUUGGAGGAACCCACUAUCCAAAUAAACCCCAAACACCGCAUCUUCAAUUUUGGAUCUAUUCCGACUCACAAUACAGAAUCGGAACUUCCCAAAAAAUCGUCAAACACAAUAACCUGGACGACUCCAGAACCACGUCCUCUUCAACUUGUUGCCAUUUCCGAAGUUCCUUCGAGUACAAAAAACUAUACUCCUAUUCCCAAAUUAUCCUCGACUUUAAUUAUUCCAAAAUAUGGUCUCAAUGCCACCGAAUUAGAAAUGACAACACAACCAGCGCCAAUUGAAAAAUCACCGGGUUUUAUUGUAUAUCGGUAUGAAGAGCCUGUGAAAAGCACGGGGUUGACGACGCAGGAAGGCAUAGAAAAUUACUUUUCUAAUCUUCAGCACAAAUACAAAUGUAAUGUGGAAAAUGGAUACUACGAGGUUGUAAACCACUGUGAUAAGUUUGUGCAAUGCAAGGAUAACGUUUUGAAAUUAUUUAAAUGUUCAAACGGACUUCAUUUCAAGCGAAACACAGUCUGGCCGUCAGAUCCUUGUGAUGAGCCGUCAAAAGCAAAAUGCGAGAACAACGGAAUUGAAAUUGAAGUCAAACCCGAAAUAAGAAUCAUACCUACCAAGUUUUCAGCUGUAUUAAUUACAAAUAGUAUUGACUUUAUUUGUCCCUCUGAAAACGGAUAUUACAGACUGGAAAAGAAUUGCGAAAAAUUUAUCAAGUGUGAGAAAAAAGUUCCUUCUUCAUAUGCUUGUGCUUCUGGUUUGACGUUUAACAGCAACGCAGCAUGGGACCACGAUCCAUGCUCUGCUGACGUACUAUGUAAAACUGUAGUCGUACGGCCAGAACCAGAAUUGAAGUUCUCAGCGACCUUCUUAAGCGCACUGCCUACAUUCUCGUGCCCGGCAAGCGAGGGCUACUUUAUCUCAGAAAAUCAUUGUGACAAAUUCAUAAAGUGUGAGAAAUCAAUAGCGUCACUGUACAAAUGUGCAUCAGGACUACAGUUCAAUCGUUACGCCUCGUGGAUACACGAUCCCUGUGAGAAGGAAUCCGAGGUUGGCUGCAAAGCUGUAGCCGUGGCUGAAGGACAGCUACUAAGGAUUUCUGCAUCAUUAAUUUUGGCUCGUAUCGAUGGCUACUCCUGUCCAGCAGCCAAUGGGUACCACAGAUUUGAAAAUGACUGUGAAAUGUUUGUCAAGUGUGAAAAUUCGAUCGCCUCAUCAUACAAAUGCAAUCCUGGACUUCAAUUUAACUCGUACGCUCUAUGGGGAGUAGAUCCCUGCGUCAACUCUGAAAUAGUCCGGUGUAAAACUGUCAUCAUCCACCCCCCUCUAAUACCAAAAUUAUCAGCUGAUUUCAUCACCAGAACUUACAACUUUUCGUGUCCUGCGAGUGAAGGAUAUUACGGCAUAGAUACUGAUUGCGACCUAUUCUACCUAUGCGAUAAAUCUAUAGCGUCUGUUUACAAAUGUUCAACGGGGCGACAAUUCAAUCGCUAUGCUACUUGGGGUCAAGACCCAUGCGCCGACGAGAAAAUGAUUCGCUGUUCAACUCUUGUGAUUGAACAACGACCAGAACCAAAGUUCUCGGCUGAUUUGAUAGUCAGGCAAAUAGCAGAUUAUGAGUGCACAUCAAGUGAAGGAUAUUUUAGACUGGACAAGGAAUGCGAUAAAUUUAUUAAAUGUGAGAAAUCCAUAGCAUCUUCAUACAAAUGCUGGUCAGGACUUCAGUUUAACAGUGAGGCCGCUUGGGGUGAAGACCCGUGCGCUAGUGUCGACAUCAUUGAUUGUAAAGCAGCCGUGCUGCAACCUACAACUGAUCCAGCUCCCAAAUUCUCAGCUACUGUUGUAAAGCUAUUACUCGACUUCUCCUGCCCAAGUAACAACGGAUACUUUGAUUCCAAAAACGAGUGCGAGGAAUUUGUUAAGUGCGAGAAUGCGGUGGCUUCACUAUACAAAUGUUUACCUGGCCUCCAAUUCAAUCGCCACUCAUCUUGGGGAGAAGACCCAUGCGCCAGCGAUACCACAGUGCGUUGUAAACCCGUGGUCGUGGAGCCCCAGUCGGCACCGCCGCCAAAAUUUUCGGCUACCCUUAUAUCACGAAUAGUGUUCGACUUCACCUGCCCCAUCAAUAAUGGAUAUUUCGAAUCCAAAAAUGAAUGCGAGAAAUUCAUUAAAUGCGAGAAUGCAGUUGCAUCACUAUACAGAUGUCUACCCGGCUUUCAAUUCAAAAGUCGCUCAUCUUGGGGGGAAGACCCAUGUGCCAGCGAGGAGCUAAUACAAUGCAAACCGGUGGUCAUACCACUGCCGAGGCCUCAAUUUUCUGCUGACCUGAUCUUAAGUUACAUGUUGGACUUCAAGUGUACCACCAGCAAUGGAUACUUCAAGUUUGGAGAUGAUUGUGUGAAGUUUGUGAAGUGUGAGAACUCUAAGGCAUCGUCUUAUAAGUGCUGGUCAGGCCUCCAUUUCAAUCCUCAAGCCCCAUGGGGACAGGAUCCUUGUGCCAGCGCAUCUGAAGUGGGUUGCCGACCUGUAAUCUUACCGCCCAUCACCACACCUGCACCAAGAUUCUCGGCUAUUUUAAUAUCCAGUCCGCUUGUUGACUACAAGUGUCUGGAAUCCAAUGGAUAUUUUGGCAUCGACAAUGAUUGCGAUAGAUUCAUCAAGUGCGAGAUGUUAAUGCCAUCGCUAUACAUGUGUCCCAAAGGGUUGCAAUUCAACCGGCGAGCGCGAUUUGGCGAAGACCCCUGCGCCAGCACAUCCAUAGCGCAGUGCGAAAGUAGGACUACCACUACCACCACGCCAGCAACGAUCCUCUCCUACACUCUGAUCAUGCGGCAAGUGUUUGGUUACACUUGUGCCGCUGCGAACGGAUAUUAUAGCGUAAAAAACCAGUGCGGGCAGUUCAUCGAGUGUAAGAAUUACAUCCCAUCAUUAUACAAGUGUAACUCUGGUCUUUAUUUCAAUCGGAAUGUGAUGUGGGGCGCGGAUCCAUGUGCCCUUCCAUCUGUAGCCCACUGCGAACAAACUCCCAAAAGUCCUCCAGGACCUAUUGAACACCACGAUAGUUUCCAAUGUCCGGAAAGAGAUGGCAUGUAUCCGCUAGACAAUUUCGAGUGCAGUAAAUACCUAAUGUGUAAGAUGGGACGGGCUACCAUAAUGCCGUGCCCGGCUGGACUCGUGUUCAAUGACGAACUUCAAACCUGCGACUGGCCUGUAAAUGUACCAUCAUGCAAUCCUGAAUUGUUCCACGGAUUUUCAUGCCCUGCUCCAGAAAGUGAUGAAUAUAACACUCCUUCGGACAAAAUAAUUAAAUUCAAAUUCGAACAGAGCUGUACACAUUACAUAGCGUGUCAGCAUGGACACCCUCGUCUCCUCAGCUGCAACAAGGGACUAGUCUUCAGCGAGGAAUAUCAGGCUUGCCUCAUCCAAGACAUGGUUCCGAGCUGCAGAGGCUGAAACUAGACUUCGUAUUAUUUUAAAGGAAUUUGUGACUGAUCAUAAACUGAGUAGGAAUUAGAGACGUUACGUGAUUCGUGAAGUGAAUACGUACUCAAAGAAGGUAGUGAAUAAAUUACAUCCUGUAACUA